AUCAUGGCGUGGAAGACUUAUUGGGCUUCGUCGAUAUGUCUGUCCUUAGAGACGGUGCAUGAUUCUCGCCUAAUAAAAAGUUUCGAAAAUCUUAUCCCGCCAAACCAAAAUGGCAUAUUCCCGCUCCACCUCGGACGGUUAAACCAGGAGGAGCCCUAAAAACUCGGAUCGGGGAAAAGGGGAAAAGAAUGUGCAUCAUCAUCCAAUCGAUUGCUCCCAUGGCUUCCUCCAAGCAGCAGCAUUCCUCCCCCUCCUCGUCCCCAGCUAAAGGCCGCGGGCAGCAGCACCGCCCGCAAAGAUUCCCAGUCGUGGACGACAUGGUAGCUCUCGACAAUCUCUACAAAAGCAUGAAUUCGAAGCUCGAGGCCGUCGAGGUGCAAGCUGCCGAGUACCGACUGAAUCCACUCACAGCCGAAGUGCUCACCAAGAAGCCCACCCAAGUAACGUCGUCGAGGAAAGUGACCAAACAGGAAUUUGAGGAGGCGCAAAAGUUUCUCGGCGCGUGCUUCCCAAUCCAGGACCUCGACAUGCCACCACCGGAGAAGUACGAAGUCCCCAUGACGGCGUCGCAAGAGUAUGGCUGGUGCUCGCAACCUCUGGUACGAAAGAUCUGGAUCCAUCCCUUUUCACUCUCUUCGUGUGUUCUUCCGCCGAUUCAGGUGAAACCCAAGAAGCUCUUCAAUUACUCGCGUGAAUCCUGCGAGAUCACCCAGUUCGCGGCGGCCUACUUCGAGUGCGUAAAAACCACGCCUUACUCCAAGCGAGGUUUCGUCCCGCGAUACAAGCUCAAGCAGCAACAAGCGGAGGCCUCGGCUGCCACUGUCCCGGACAAAGCUUCAGUGCCACCACCAGUUAGUAGCAACCAAACAGCGGCACUUCCAGCACCACCUUGAGGAGAAAAACUCGACCACCACCA